CUUUGUUCUUCUUUAUUUCUCUUUAACUAACACAAAAUGCCUGGAGGUGGACAAAACCCAAAAACUAAGCAACAGCCCAAGGAAAAGGUCUGUCUCAUCUGUAUUGACGGAUGGGGUGUUUCUGUUGAUGAAAACCCAAAGGGUGAUGCUAUCCGCAACGCCAAAACUCCCGUCAUGGACAACUUUGAGAAGACAUAUCCUUACACUGACAUCGCCGCUCACGGUCUCAGCGUCGGUCUUCCUGAUGGUUUGAUGGGUAACUCUGAAGUCGGUCAUUUGAACAUCGGUGCUGGUCGUGUUGUCUACCAGGAUAUUGUUCGUAUUGAUUUGGCUGUCAAGAACAAGGCUUUCGGUAAGACUGAGAAUAUCAAGAAGUGCUUUGAACGUGCUAAGGCAAACAACGGUCGUUUGCACUUGAUGGGCUUGGUCUCUGACGGUGGUGUUCAUGCACACAUCAACCACCUUAUCCACUUGUUGGAAUGCGCCAAGGAAGCUGGUGUUCCCGAAACCUACAUUCACUUCUUUGGUGAUGGUCGUGACACUUCACCAAAGUCUGCCACCAAGUACAUCAAGGAACUUCUCGAUGAAAUCAAGAAGCUCAACUAUGGUACUCUUGCUACCAUUGUCGGUAGAUACUACGCCAUGGACCGUGACAAGCGUUGGGAACGUGUCCAGAUCGCCUUCGACGGUCUCACCCAGGGUAAGGGCGAGAAGGCUGAUGAUGCUCUCAAGGCUGUCGAAGCUCGUUAUGAGCAAGGAGAGACUGAUGAAUUCUUGAAGCCCAUCAUUUUGUCUGAGGAAGGUCGCAUCAAGGAUGACGAUACCAUCUUCUUCUUCAACUUCCGUUCCGAUCGUGCUCGUGAAUUGUCUCAAGCCUUUGGAAUCUCUCCUCCUCCUUUCGACUCUCCAGUCCCCAAGAACUUGGACCUCACCACCAUGACCCAAUAUAAGAGCGACUUCCCCUUCCAUAUCGCUUUCCCCGCCCAGACUAUGGACAAUGUAUUAGCUGAGUGGCUCGCCAAGAACGACCUCAAGCAAAUGCACGUUGCCGAAACCGAGAAGUAUGCUCACGUUACUUUCUUCUUCAACGGUGGUACUGAGGCCCAAUUCCCUGGAGAAGAGCGUUCUAUGUAGCUCACCUUAUUGUAUAGAAGAAAGAAAGAGUAGAGAGAGAGAAAGAGGGAUCAUAGAUGUGGUGAUCAAGCUGUAUAAUUGAGAACAUUUAUAUAUGAAUGCAAUUGAAAACUUUAGAUAA